AUGUUCUCCAAACAUUAUAUUCAUAAUCGAACUUCAGGUGGCGUUGCUAUCCUUGCAGCUGACCACGUUCCCUCAAUGCCUAUUAACCUGAACACAAAUCUGCAAGCUGUUGCUAUUCAAAUCCAGAUGCAUUCUCUGAUUACUGUUUGCAGCCUUUACUUACCUCCAAAUGAACGUGUUAUUCAAUCUGAACUCAAUAAUCUUAUUUCACAGCUUCCGUCACCAUUCAUAAUUUUGGGCGAUUUCAAUGGCCAUAGUCCUUUUUGGGGUAGUCCCGAUUCCAAUCCCCGUGGUUUGCAAAUUGAGCAACUACUUACAGACCACAAUUUAUGCCUAUUAAAUUCAGAUGAAAAGACUCAUUUUCAUCUCCCUACAAGAACCUUUCAUUCAGUUGAUUUAGCAGUUUGCUCUCCAUCUCUUUUGCCAUUCUUUAAUUUAACAGUUGAUAAUGACUUGUAUAAUAGUGACCAUUUCCCUCUGAUUGCCUCAGACAAUAGGUGCAACCCGAACAAUCACUCCCAUCCAUCCAAAUACAUCCUAAAUGCAGCAAAUUGGCAAAAAUUCACCAUUUUAGCUAAUAUACAACCCGAUAUAAUCCAAUCCUCCACCAUAGAUGAUGCACUAGAUUAUAUAGUUGAUGUUAUAAUUGAGGCAGCAAAUAAUUCAAUCCCGAAAUCAUCCGGUAAACGAAAAAAGCAAAACAAACCUUGGUGGGACGACGAAUGCAAACAAGCAUACAAAGCACAACGGAAAGCAUGGGGCAUCUUCCGAAGAUAUCCAACAGCGUCGAACUUUAUUUAUUUUAAAAAGACUAGAGCAGUUUCGAGGAGAAUACAACGUCGAAAACGAAGGCUUUCAUGGCAAAAGUUUGUAUCCAGUAUCAGCUCUAAGAUUUCAAGCCAUGAGCUAUGGAAAAAGUCAUGUCUCGCCAGUGCCCGUGACUCUUCACCGGGGCCCGACAAUAUUAACUAUUCCAUGAUUAAAAAUUUGACAGUCGAAUCCCAAAAAGCUUUACUGUUAUUGUACAACCGUAUUUGGAAUGAGCAAUACUUCCCUACUCUCUGGCAGCAAGCUAUAGUAAUCCCGAUAUUAAAACCAGGAAAAGAUCCUAAAAACCCAGAAAAUUACCGUCCAAUUGCUUUAACAUGUUGUAUGUGUAAGCUCUUAGAAAAAAUGAUUAAUCGAAGACUCGUUUACCAUUUGGAGACUAAUCAUUUCCUUCAUCCUCAUCAAAGUGGUUUUAGGAAAUCUCGGUGUACUCUUGAUAACCUACUCGCAUUAGAAACCGAUAUUCGUCUGGCCUUUUUACAAGGGAAACAUCUGGUUGCGAUAUUUUUUGACAUUGAAAAAGCGUAUGAUCGGACUUGGAGAUUCGGUAUUUUAAAGGAUUUACAUGACCACGGAUUAAGGGGCAACUUACCCAUUUUUAUUCAAAAUUUUUUAAAAUUGAGGAAGUUUCGUGUUAAAGUAGAAUCUGAAUACUCUGAUUAUUUUAUUCAGGAAGAGGGAGUUCCUCAAGGUAGUAUUUUAAGUGUGACUCUUUUUAUUUUAAAAAUUAAUAAUAUUUUAAAACAACUUCCCCCUUCUGUGAAAGGUUACUUAUAUGUUGACGACCUGUACAUCUCCUGUACAGGGAUGCACAUGAAUUUUAUAGAGAGACAGUUGCAGACUGCUGUAAAUAAUAUAACACAAUGGUGCAAUGCCAAUAUUUUUACCAUUUCGGCUUCAAAAACUACUGGUAUUACCUUUGAUAAGAAGCUUACUUUUCUCCCUCACGUAAAAAUAUUGCGUAAAAAAUGUGAAAAAGCAUUAAACAUAAUAAAAGUUUUGUCAACUACGGCUUGGGGAGCAGAUCGACCAUCCAUGCUUAAAAUAUACAAAGCUCUCGUUCUAUCCAAGCUCGAUUAUGGUUGUGUUAUUUACGGGUCAGCCAGAAAAACAGUUCUACAGAAAUUGGACCCUGUUCACCAUAAUGCUCUGAGACUAUGUUCAGGAGCCUUUAGGACCUCUCCAGUUCAGAGCCUAUAUGUUGAUUGCUUUGAGACUUCCCUUGAAUUUAGGCGAGAAAUACUAUCUCUGCACUAUUAUUUUAGAACUGAAUCAAAUACACAACAUCCUUUUCAUAAUUUUAAACUCCGACCAUUCUUAACUCGAAUACAAGAAGCACGAAAAUUUUUUAUACCUGUAUAUUUUACUAGAAUUCAUAAUAUUCUCAAGGACCUAAAUCUACUUCACCUGCAGGCAACACCCCAACUGGACAACAUUUUUCCUCCAUGGGCAAUUCCCAAUAUACAAUACUUAAAUCCAUUUGAAGGGUUUACCAAAUCUGACACUUCAGAUUCUAUUUAUAGAAAAAUUUUUAAUGAACAUAGGCAUCACUAUAAUGAUUAUAUUGCAAUAUACACAGAUGGAUCAAAAACAUGUGAUAGUGUCUCAUUUGCUGUGGUUUUCCAAAACGCAGUCUUUUCGUUUAAAAUCAAUGCUUCUUGUUCAGUUUUCACAGCAGAGAUAAGUGCUGUUCUUUUUGCCCUAGAAAAAAUAUCCGACAGUCUGCAAGAUAAAUAUAUAAUUUACACCGAUUCAUUAAGUGUUUUACAGUCUCUAAAAUCAUCUCAUUAUCAUUCAAAAAAUCCUCCUUUGGUCUUAAAGAUUUUAAACCUAUUUAAUAGACUUUCCUCUCGUGGAUUUACUAUUUUAUUAAGUUGGGUGCCUUCUCAUGUAGGUAUUGGGGGCAACGAGAAGGCGGACAGUGCCGCCAAAUCGGCUACUUCUACAGCAAAUAUUAGUAUCCCUGUGAGUGAUUUAAAAAAACACAUAUCUUUGCUCUACCUCUCAAAAUGGCAGACUCAAUGGGAUCUGUUAACUGAAAACAAACUUCAUAGUGUUAAACCUCGUGUUGAACAUUGGCCAUGCCUUCCAAAUAGAAAAGCAGACACUAUCUUAACCCGUUUGCGGAUAGGUCAUACCAGAUUCACCCAUCGCCAUCUACUUUUUGGAGAAGCGGCACCAAUGUGCUCUCAAUGCAAUUGCACCAUGUCUGUUUACCAUAUUCUCAGUGAAUGUCCAAAUUUUAGUACUCAACGUUUAUAUCAUUUUAACAACUCCACAUUUUCACAUUUGCUUGAUAGAAUACCACAUGCCAAUCUUUUUGCUUUUUUGAAAUCAGUAGGUUUUUACCCCCAUAUUUAA